AUGCAAAUUUGCACAGAUGUAAAAUAUGAGAAUAGAAGGAGACCAAAAUUUGCAGCUGUUGUUGAUGCCAAUUUUCAAAGGCAAUGUUUACAAGCUCAUAAUCACGUUAGACAGAUUUACGGCAUUCCUCCACUACUUUGGUCUCAAGAACUUGCCGAAUUGGCCAAAACAUGGGCUCUCAAAUUAACACAGCGAGGUCGUCUUUUGUUUCCAGAGUUGCCCGGAAUUGGGGAAAAUAUUUAUUUGCUAACUUCGGAUAAUUCUGUUGAGGUGUUUCAAGGAGCAUCAGAAUCAUUUAAGUGCACCACUGGAGAUCACUUGACUACUGGAAAUGAGCUUGUAGCCCUAUGGGCCACAGAAGCCAGGCAUUUUGAUUUUUCUAGGCCAAGAUGGAGUUUAGAAUGCAGACAUUUUACACAAAUGAUAUGGAGAGGUUCAACAGAAAUGGGUGUUGCUAGGCAUUGGGAUACUUCAACUGAUUGUAUGGCUAUUGGUAAGGGGAACCCCUUUAAACAGUUGAUAAAAUAG